GGCCCCUGAGCUACUCGUCGAGCGGGAGAAUGGCUCUCAAGUUCGGCCAAGCGAGCAGAGCGACAUGUAUUCGUUUGACGGUAUCAUGCUGCAGGUCCUCACUAACAAAGCACCCUAUUAUCACCUCACAAACGAUGCCGCCAUCAUACUCUGCAUAGCUAAGUCGCAAACGCCCUCUCGAUCUCGUUAUCCUGAGCUCCCUGAGCAAUGCUGGCCAUUUAUCGAGCAAUGUUGGUCUACUAAUCCUUGGGGCCGUCCUUCGGCGGAUGGAGCCGAUGAAGUGAUUAGGAAUGAAUUUGACUCGCUGUCCAGGUCUCGUUGAUUUCUGACUGCCUCGCAUUCAAAACUCUGUUUACAGUACAGCCAGAUAAAAUAGAUCUAGGUACUCGUGUAGGCUCAUUCUAUGCUCCCUCUUGUGAUAUUG